UUUUUUUUUUUCUCUUUAUAUUAUAUAUAAUGAAAUUGAAACAACUAAAAGUACGACCUAAGAAACUUCUUGAAUCUAGUCCAUGUAUUGUUGAAAUGGGUGCUUUAUUUGAAUGUUGGGCUUCUGCUGGUGUUGACGAUAAACGAUGUAUUACUACUGCUAAAUCUUUAACUGAUUGUUUAGCCAAACCAGUUAAAAAAACGAAAAAACAAAAUACCAUCAAUUAUCAUUUGGCUCGUUUAAGCAAACAAACUUAGAAAAUUAUUAUGCACAAUACUUAGAUACACUUUCUAUUUUUUUUUCUUCUACAUAUAGUCUACAUAUAGUAAAAAAUCAUUGAUUCAUUCAAAAAGAAACAUAAUCACUUAUCUUUCCCUUCCUUCAUUCUCCUUUUGUAUCAUACAUUUUUCUUUCUUUUUACCCUUCCAAAUAAAAAUAUAUAUAAUUUUUUUUUCUUUUUCAAAAAUAGUUUAUUUUCAAUAGAAAUAUGAAAUAAUCCAGUCAAACUCCUUCAACCUAUCUCACUGCUUUUGGACAGAGGGCUGAUCUCAACCCAAAAAGGUAAUACAGCUCAGCGACCAUGUUACACCGUGCAUGGAAAGUUAGAUCUUUUUUCUCUUUAUUUUUUUUUUUGUUCUCCCUCUUUUUUUUUCUUUUCCUUUUCCUUUUUU